AUGAGCAGCUCGAUCUUCACCAGAGCGGCGAAAAUCACUCGAUCUCGGGUUCAAAAGAAAAUCGGCCCCAAAUAUCUUCCAUACAAUCACAUCGCAUUGAUAGGUGAUCCAAUUCUACGCCAGCCUGCAGCGGAUUUCGACGUGAAUAUCUACAACAGCGUCGACAUAAAGACCUUCGAGCAGCACAAUCCCGCGAUUAUCAAAUCACUCAACAAAAUGGAAAAGUUCGCGCAGUACGGCUGGGUGAUCACCGCUCCUCAAGUCGGCCUUCCGAUGAAAAUAAUGCUCGUUCAACUACACCUCGCCCUUGACGAAGACGGAUUUACGAUCAAGGGGACAGACAAGACAAAAAAUUACAUCUUCGCGAAUCCGGAAAUACGGCCUUUGACAAAUGAAAAGGCGUUUUCAAUAGAAUCUUCGCUGUCCGUGCCCGCUCUUUCGGGUGUAGUAGAACGACAUCAGGGACUGGUCAAAAAGUGUGAGCUGACAGCAUAUGACCUGGCCGCCCGUAGGAUAGUCAAAAUGACCCUCACUCCUCCAGAUAGUUUCAUGGUCCAAAACGCCGUCGAUCAACUUAAUGGCGUUAUCUUCAUCGACAAAGUUACAGACAAACACUCAAAUUUAAUUUUGCUUGUAAUCGAUCGGAAAAUGGCCAGUGAGUUUAAAAAAGCGCUUCUCGAGCAGAAAAUGAAGAGGGAGAAGAAAAUAGCGGAACAAGGAGUUGAUCCUUGCACAGUUGUCGAUAUGAAUAUAUCGACAAAGAGAAGACCUCUACUGGAAUCGAAUGUGGAGGCGAAAGAGACGGAGCCGAAAAAACCGAAAAUGUCUGAUAGCGAAAUGAGGCGCGCAGAGCGUAAAGCGAAACUUGCCGCGCUGACUGCGCAUCUGCGUAACUGCGAUUCCGCGGACCAGGGAAAAGAACCAUCACACAAUUCGAUCCUGGAAACCGCUCGUGAACUACCGUCAAUUGAAUCUGCCUCGCAUGUCAACAUGACAGAAGCGCCUACUGAAAUUUCCCUUCCCGAAACUCCUUCAACGCCUUCCAAGAAAAAGAGCAAAUGGGCUCAGAUGGCUGCCGAACGCGCUAUCUGGGAUGACGACAGUCUCCAGCAAACUCCCUCGAAAGCGCCAAAGCCGGACAUUGCUUCUGUCCAAAAGUUUUCCGCGCCAAAGCCUCAAGCCCAAUCCUCAGGUCUUCCUGUCUUCAAAACCAUCGAGCAACCGAGCGUUCCUGUGCCACAGACUUCUGCGAAAGAACAAAUUCAAGCGGCACUAGAAAGAGCUGGAAAGAAAUCGACGACGAUAGUGCCCAAGUCAAAGCAUCAAAAGGCCAAAUUUUUUGAGGACAGGAUCAACUCGCUGAUGACUGACUCGCCUAAAGCUACUCCAAAGCCAAUUAAACUUGUUGAAACGCCGACGAGUUCAAGAGUAGCGCCAGAACCAGAGUCAACCCAUGUUAUGUCAAAAAAUGAGUCGUUGUUGGAGCUAAAUAAAGUCAAGAAAGUCAACAAACUUAUUGCGAACUUCAAUACGCCACAGAAUCAGCGAACGCCCGAGCAGCGCAAUCUGCCUCCAGUAUUGCUUGAAACGCGAGAAUCGUUCGGAGCAGAAUCUGAUGAGUCGAUGGAUGUCGACAAAACUCCUCCAGCACAACAUAUAGAACCAGAAAGCCUCGAUCUCUCUGAUUCUGUUAAUACAGAGCCGUACACAGUUGUUCCAGCUCGCGAGGAAAUGCUUCCAGAGCCACAUCUUCCUGUCGCAGAAACUUCAAACGACACUGUCGGUAGCUUCCACAGCUCUGAAAACAACGAGUCCUUGUUGAAUGCGAAGAUAGAGCCAGUUUCUGAAUUCGGCACUCCUUUGCAGUCAACGAGAAUUUCCGACAAUAUCGAGUCCUUUCACAUGGACGAAUCAGCGAGCGAAGAUUUCGUGAUGGAAAACACAGUCGAAAAUACAGUAUCAAAUGUGACUGGAUACAAACGAGAUGUGGCAGAAAAGAGCUACUACGAAGAGGGAGAUAUCGUCAGCCCAAAAGCGAAGAACAAGCGCAGAAGCAACACUGUCGCUUACGACGAUACUUCGAUAGUCGAGUUCAACCCAAAAUCAAUCGCCAGUUUUCGCAAAACGCAGCGUUUGAAGAACUACGAGGCCCGGGCAACCGUCUCUAGCGUCUUUCAAGAAGUCGAGAAUCAAGAGGUCAGAGUCGAUAUCACCAAGAGAAAGCGCGAACUCGAGGAGAUCGUCUCCAAACAAAUGAGCAUCAUCAGGCAAACAAGCGCAGCUCUAUCCGUUUGCACUGAUUUGAAGCAUGGGAAGGGAACUCAGACUCAAGUCGCGGCGGAGGCAUGCCUUUUGGAGGCUACGAAAAAGUAUGAAGCGGCAAAGAGUGGCCUGGAGAAGCUGAAAACUGAAAAAGGGCUUUCAGUCGGGAAGCUCGAAAUUGGUGACAUUCAUCUAAGAACUCGUUACCAGGAAACCUUCCAAAGUCCUCAGCAUCUCAACUCGACCCACUGGAUGAUGGCGAUUGUGCAAGUCGACGACCAAGUGCACGUAACAUCAGUCAAAGAAAUAAAAAACAUUCGCGAACAAAAGUCGCUGAUUCUUGACUCACGAUGUACUUUCAAAAAUGUGCGGCAAGAUUUUGUCAUCGAUGUUUCCAUUUACUCGAUGUCAACACAGAUGCCAAAGGUUGAACCCAAAUCCAAGCAACUUGCAAGCGGAAAGCUUUUCAAAAAACUUGGGUUCAAAAAGUCGACAUCGGUCGAAAAAAUUCCAUCUAAUCCAGCGAUGAUGUCUGCGGGCGGACCAAACGCUGUGCGCAAAUCGAACUUCCGAUCAGUUGGUUCUGCUUCGAUCACAAUGGACACGGCACAGUCAUACGAGCAGUACAAACUCCGUACGACUUGGGACUCGCUGAUCCAAUCGGUUUUUGCGAUGCCGGUUGAGAUGAAGUUCACAAAGAGCACCGCGUUCUCCACAUUCUUGACUGUCCGAAAAGGCGGUGACUCACACUACGGAGAUUGGCGACGAUACUGGGCGGUUCUCAGCCGAGACAGGAUUACUUUCUGGAAGUAUCCUGAAGAUCAAGAAGAUCUUCCGCAGGAAGGCUACAUUAGUCUUCGAUAUGCGCUCAACGAGGAGGUGAAAACAGCAAAUCGAGCAAUGACUUCCCGUCCAAAUUGCUUCGAGUUGUACUGCGCACCCUCGCUGGCGAUCAGAAGCGCAAUCCAACACACUUCGAAGGAAUCGUCUCAUCUUACGAUCCCAACAAGUUCGUCAGAUACGUUUUUUCUGCUGACGACAACGAGCAGAAGAAAGAAUGGUGCAAAGCCUUGA